AAUGCCCUCGGGUCUCUGUUUGAGUUUGUAUAAGAUAGUCAACUUACCGGCUUAGUUUAGUGUCGUGUGCUGCUGUCAAAGAAGACUUUUGAAACCCUGAGCAGUUCUUAGCCGUUGCUCGCUGACAUACCGCGGGAAAAUGUUACAUCCGGCACGGUGAAGUCUUGGCGCGACAUCACCGUUGUAAACACCAGGAGGAGAGAACAGACCACAGACCCAAGAAACCAAAAGCACCCGAUGGUACACCCUGUGAAGAAAGGGAGCUGCUAACAAAUUUGGAAAAAUGGAAGAUAUGGUUGAAGAUGCUGUCGGUGUUCCUGCUCCUGGUCCUAAUGAAGAUUCUGUGGAUAUCUAUUUUGGGCUGGACACCAGCCCUGUUACUGUUGCAGAGGGGCCCAAGGCAAUGCUGUCACCUCGGGUGAAAGAAUCAAUGGAUCUAUAUGAAAAAAUUAUCACAGAUGAACAGCAGAGCAGAGAAUCAUCUUUUAAUGAGUUGAAACAAAGAUUCCUUGCAGCUCAGUGCCAGAUUGAAGAGCUGCGGAGAAGACUGCAGCAGACGGAGGCACAGAACACUGGGUUGAACACUGAGAAUUCCCGCCUCAAAAAGAACAUCUCUGCACUCCUCAAAACUGCCAGACAGGAAGUGCUACGAAAAGAUGAUGAGAUCCAGAAGUUGUACCAAAGGAUAGUCAGAGAGAGGUCAUCCUCAUUAUCGGCCUCAUCCAAACAGUUUGAGGCAUCCAGCUUCAAGUACAACAGCCUCUACAAAUCCACCUCGUCCGCCAUCAUCUCCUCCACCGCAGCCCCCUCUUCCCCCUCCAUCCUCACCAACUUAUCCACCUCCUCCACCAUCAUCUCCUCCACCGCAGCGCCUUCCUCCCCCUCCAUCCUCACCAACAUAUCUACCUCCUCCGCCAUUUUCUCCUUCACCGCAGCCCCCUCCUCCACCUCCAUCUUCCCCGCCCACAGAGAGUUGUCCUCAGAAGAUGAUUUGGACCAGCAGAACCAGUCCAAGCGGACUGGUUCAGACAAAUCUGACCACAGAAGAACAUCUGAGUCAAGAGAAAAAAGACAUAAAUCACGUUCAGGUCCUAACAAAGAAGGUCGCAUACUUGAGAGAAAUAGGUCCCACAGAGCAGAGAAAGAUGAGGGGAAAAAACAUGAGUAUAAGUCAUGUAAAAGAAAAAACUACCUACAUACUAAUGUGACCAACAGUUCAGAGUUCUCGAAAGAGGGCUUUGAGAUACAGUUAAAGGGGGAUAGUCAUGAGCACAGAAAAAACAAAGCUGGCAGAGAUAGGUCAGACUCUAAGGACCAGAGGGUGUCCUGCUCAAAUUUACACAAACACUCCGGUAAGUCCUCCAGACGGAGGGUUGAGGACAGUUCUCCGAGGAAUGAGAGAAAAGAAAAAAGGAGACGGAAGGAUGGGAUCCAGCAAGGCGCUAAAAGGGGCACUGCACCAGAACAAAGCAGAGAUGGUGGGAAGAAAAGUUCAAAAGAAAGGGACCGAGAGGUGAUUGAAGUCACUUGUGUGGAUGAGAAAGGGACAAAUGGGUCCCCAAAGAGGCCAUCUGAAGAGCCUAAUGUGAGUGAGAAAAGUUCUGUUGAGGAAGAUAAUCCAAACAAGAAGUUGUGUUUCAUGGAAACGCUAAACCUCACCCUUUCCCCUGUUAAGAAAGUACUGUUGCCCAUAGAUGGCAGCCUGCAAGAUAUCACACCCACAGAGACAGGCGAGUCAAAAAGUGACAGUGAGCCUGAUAUUGAGGAUUUCUGUGUCAUAGAUGAAACAGAAGAUAGUUUGUCAGAAAUGAAGACCAAUGACCUUGCAGAUGACCAAGUUGAAAACCACUCUUCAGACAUUCACAUACUUUCAAGUGUUGAUACGGCAGAUUGGAAAUGUGAUGAUCGAAAUGGCAAAACAGAAAAUGGCAAGAUUCCGGCUGAAACAACUAUGGUCACUGAGCAUCCUGAAGACAAUACUCUCCAAACAAACGUAGAAUAUAGUCAAAUUUCAGAAGCCCCAGUGCAUGCAACAACUGAGCACGGCACACCAAAACCAUUGACAAGUAGUUUUGUAUCACCUCCAGAGAGUCUUGUCAACUUAAAAUCUGUUACAGAAAAGACUAAUUGUGCCACAGAUACAGAACUAGUUAAGUCUGGAGAACUGGAGGUCACAACGUGUCUCAAGACUGAAAGCCUCUCAAAAAGCUACCCUUGCAGUUCCUCAAAAGAAGUAAUCCCCGAGAGUCAAACUGGAGAAUCAAAUAGGAUUGCAGAACAUGAUGUAGUAAAUUCAUGUACAGAAACCCCUAUAACUUCAGUACGCAUGAGCUCCCCAGUGGAAGGGGUUGGAGAAGAUCCAGCUGAUUUAUGCCUUAGGGAAAAUCCCAUUACUGAAGAUGUAACUACAGAGACCAAACCUGGAAGUCAGAAAACCUCACCAUGCACCCGCCCUGAGCCCUGUCACAAUUACCUGUCUCCAUCCACUUCACCAAGUUUCAGCCAUAACAAAGAUUUCUGCAACCUGCAAGAUGGUCCCAAAGAUACAGAUACUGUGUCUAGUACAAUAAGUCUUGAAUCUUUCCCACUUGACUUCCAGACUUUUCCAGAAAGUCUGAGUUUACCUGAGGCUAUCUAUGUCUUAACUAAAACAGAUGAAGAUGGUGACUCCAGUGCAACUGAGCCAACUUCUUCAACAGGCUGUAUUGGCGUGUCCAAAGUUAGCAGCACAACAGAAGAGAUGGUACCUGACAACACUAACCCAAAAAACCACAAAAGUGUUUUGACUUUCACACCUAAAAAGGCCUGCAGCCCCACCGUGCAAACUUUGAAAAGUGAGGUUAUUAUUGAGCCUUCCAGUUCUAUGCCCUCUCUUCAUGAUGAAGACUCCAUGAUGCGCACACUGAACAAUCUGAUGAGCAUACCUGAUGCAAUAAGCCCUCUGAGGAGCCCAGUGCGACUUACGAGGAAAAGUAACCUGCAUGGCAAGCUGCCUCAUGUCAAAAGCCUUCAAAAAGAUUUCUCUAGCACAACUGUUGAUUCCAGUUCAAAGAAGUUGGAUGUGAACAAAGAGAACAAAUAUCCAGGUACAGUCCUAAAACAUGAAGCUCAAAAUCAUGUCGACGAGGCAUUGGCUCUUCCCUCCAGCCUCUCUGAUAAUGAACUGGAAGAAGGAGAAAUUCUCAGUGAAAGUGAAGAAGGGACUGCAGCUUCACCAGUUCUUCCACCAAAGAGGCCUAAGUUAACAGGGCCUGUCAGAAAUCUUCCAAGUCCAAAGUCCGCAUCAAGAUUUUCCAAAAGGAUGACUGAGGAAAGGGUUGUCACUUCAAAGGAAAGGAGUACAGCGGUUAGUGUAUCAAUAGAUAGCCCCCAGUCAAAUAAAAAACGUUUUAAAACGGUUCGCCCUUUCACAUCCCAAACCUCUUUCUCUACCUUGGAACAAGUGAUGGAAACAUUUAAGACAGUACGCUGCCAGAUCCGUAGGAAGUACAUGAAGCUCCAUAAGAUUUUUCCCAAGAAGAGCUUCUAUGGCAUAAUGGAAAAUUUCCAGGAAUCUUUUUUAGAGUUUGUGGACGAAGCUUGUUUUGAUAUUAUAUGCUGUCAGGUAGGUGAGCUAAAAGCCAAACUAAAGAAAAUGAUUACAUCUGUCUUUAGCAAAGUGUCAUAUAACGGUAUUGUCAACCGCAUCUUUGAACAGCAAGCUGUUCAUCUGAAACAGAAAUUAUGGGACUUUGUAGAAGCUCAACUUGACUUCUUAUUCAAGGGGAUGCAUUCAACACUAACAAGAUUUUGCAAAACAGCUACUGAGAACCAUCAAACAGGAACAGAGGCUUUGGACAUGAAGUCUAGUGGAGUUGAUGGAGAAAUAUCUAAGCAGCGUCCUGUGAGCAUUUCCUCAAAGCCACAUCAUCAAAACCAGCACAAGCAAUCUGUUCAUACCAUCCUGAAGAGAAUCAAACCUCAUCCUGUUUCUCCUUACAGAACAGGCCUUGGAAGUAGGGGCAAAGAUAUCAGAAUUACACAUAUGGAAUCGGAUGGGAAUCCUGAACCACAUCCACCAGGUCUCCCAGUUACACAAGAUGUGGUCGAACAUUGUCCCCCUAGCAGUAUCACCUCAACGCCAGAGAAACACCAUAAGGCUUCUUUGGUCCUCUGUAGCUCUUUGCAAGACAGGACUGACUUUGAAAUACUCACAGAACAGCAGACAUCCAGCUUGACAUUCAACUUAGCAAGAGACUCCCAAAUGGGGGAAAUAUUUAAGUGCCUCCUACAAGGAUCAGACCUACUAGAUGGCAGUGUCACAGCUGGUGAUUCCACCAGCUGGUCCAUCAGCACCCCAAGGAGGGAUGCUCUUCCAGGGGAAAGCCUCAUCAGUUUCACUACUCCAACUAAAUUCGGUUCCCCAGCAAAAUUUGUUUCUCCAUCUAAACUUUCUUCUCCUUCCAGACUUAUCACAACAUGGUCUAGCAUUUUGCCGCACAAGAUUACCUCUCCGCAGUCCAGAGUUCCAGUCCCGCUUACGCCAGCUCUGUUCGACGAGAGUUGCCUAUUAGAAUUGCCAACAGACAGCAGAGCCAUGUCACAGCCCAGCUUGGUCUCACAGAGACCGUACUCCAUUCUUGCUGAAGAUCUGGCUGUUUCACUCACUAUUCCCUCACCCCUCAAGUCCGACAGCCAUCUUAGUUUCCUCCAACCCCAAGACAUGGAAUUGAUGUCCACUCCGGAGAGCGUCAUCAGUGCUCACUUAAGUGAGGAUGCCUUGCUGGAUGGGGACGAUGCCAUAGAACAGGACAUUCACCUCGCCCUUGAUACGGACAACUCCAGCUGUGCAUCCACCAGCAGUAUGACCUUGGAGUCCACUGCUCCAGCGCCCUUCCAGUUCAAGUCCCACUUGCCCAUGCAAGCAGUAGUGAUGGAGAGGUCAAAUGACCAUUUUAUAGUGAAGAUCUGCCCAGCAGCCACCAGCGCAGAUUCUACUCUUAUUGCCGAUGAAAGCUUCACUCAGACACUGAUAGAAGAAAUUCAGGACCAUGCAGAAAAGGAUGUGUCUGCUCUAAGAAGUCCUGCAAAAGCCCCCUCCUCAGUUGAAUCGCCACAGAAAAUAGCAAAUUCCUCUGAGACUAUUACUUCAUCUUUGAAGGACAGUCUUCAAAACCUCACUGAAAGUACUGAAAUGACACAAACCAGUGGAGUGUUGCCAUCACCCUUGUUUGACUCAAGAGAAGAAAUGGAGAUGUCAUCCUUGUCUGAAAGGAGUCUGGCCAUUGUUGAGGAUGUGAGCAGCAAACCUGCGAUGGAGGGAAAGGAUUCUAGGAUGAGUAGAAAACGAAAGAAGCGGCAAAAGAAAGUUCUGGUUAAACGGGCCAAACAGGAAGAUGAAAGCAGCAAGGAAAAAGUCUCAAAAAGCCCAAAAGAUGGCUCAAAGAAAAAGAAGAGAAAAAACAAAUCUUUGCUGUUGUCCCCCAACAGCCUGUCAGCUAAAAACGUCAUCAGGAAAAAGGGCGAGGUGGUGAUGUCCUGGACAAGAGAUGAAGAUCGAGCUAUUCUUCUUUGCCUUAAAACAAAGGGUGCCUCACGAGAGACUUUCUCUGCAUUGUCAGAAAAGCUCAACAAGUCAUCGGCUCAGAUUGCAGACAGAUUUGCCCAGCUAAUGAAGCUUUUUAAGAAGCAGGACAAGAUGGAGAACUGACUGAGAACUCUGUGUGUGUGGGCACUUUGUUCCUCAUAUUCUUCAUGUAUCGAGUUGUUUACACACAGACUAUCAAUAGUCUGUGGGAUACAAUUGGGCGAAGAUCUGGAUGUGGUGUGAGCGACUGCAUUAAAACCAAGGUCUGGCUGAUGCAAACAGCCAGUCAGCCAUCAACAUCCACUUGUACUUCAUGCAUCUUCUUGCAAAACAGUACCGAAAACGGGAUGAUUCUUUUGCAUUCAUAUAAAUAAAUACAAGUUGACCAACUCAACGGUUGAUAAAAGUCACAAAUGCCUAGCAAUCCAACGCUUACCGAUAUUGAUUUAUUUUUGAUCCCAGUUAUUUUGACCAUAUUUAUGUGUGUAUUAAGCAUUCCUCAUAAUUAUCUUAAAUGGGGAGAAUGUGUAUUUGUCCUUUAUUCAAAAUACUAAGUGUUUUGUUUUUAUCUGGGGUUCCUCACCCACCCACCCACCCUUUCCAAAAUAUAUUGAUGUGAACAGCGGAGGCGACAUUUUAGGCCUAUUCAAAAAGUUGUUUUCUAGGAAAUUAAUAACCUUUUGACUUUUUAAGGAGGGGGUGGCUAUUGGGGUGUGGCGUGUCUGCAGGUUGUCAAAAUGUUUACAUGUUAAAUUCAGUGUACAGUACAUUGAUGUCGAUUUGCUGAUAGAAAUUAAAUGGUAGCCUAA